GACAAAUCAACGCCGGUGCAGCACGCACACCUCCCUCCCGUUCGACCUCGUGCUUCUCCUCUGCUUCCACUCCUUCGAUAUCGGGAUCACUCCUUUUUUCUCGACUGACUUCCCUCUUUCACCUCCUCGUGGCCAUCACCUGUGCUCUCUGUGGCAUCCAGAAUUAAGUCGACGUAAUCAAUCGUUCAGCUUGUUCUUUAUAGCUCCACCGGCUAGCCCGCCCCACCCACAUUAACCAGGUACCGUUGGGGUCUUUGAGCUCCCUCCUCCGUACUCUCUCUCUUUCUAUACCUGUGUUUCCUUUCCACCUUCUCUCUUUAUCACCUCUCACCAAUUCUCUUCCUCCUUCCUUAUGGCGCCUUCAUGCUUCUUCGUCUGUGUGCGUCCGCUCACCUGAUCCCUUCCCCCGAUCCUCAAGUUCGAUAAGUCCCUUUUCAGAAAUACAUCGCAUCGACGUCGGUGUGGGGACUUUCUGUGCCUCGGUGGCAAAAUAAUCUCCGGGCGGUGGAUUAUUGACGAGACCACGAAACACGACACUCGGAUCAGAUUUUGAAUCUCUGGAAAGGAUCGAUUUCCCGGACACGAUCAGUCCGGCGUCGCCAAUAUGAAGUUUGGCCGCAAUCUACCACAAUUCACCGUGCCCGAAUGGAGCGCCUCAUAUAUCAAGUACAAAGCCCUGAAGAAACUUAUCAAGUCUGCGGCUGAGAAAGUGAAGGCCGGUCAAGAGGCUGAUUUGGCUGGUUUCUUCUACUCCCUUGACCGAAAUGUCGAGGACGUCGAUUACUUUUACAACAAGAAAUAUGCCGAAUAUGCGCGCCGCUUGAAACUACUGGAGGAUCGAUAUGGCUAUUCAAUGGAAGGUCACCAUCCGCUGGAACCCGAGGACCGUCAUGACCUCCACGAGGCUCUCCUAGAUUUGCGCUAUCACCUGCGACGCUUACAAUGGUAUGGAGAGGUCAAUCGCCGUGGCUUCGUCAAGAUUACCAAGAAAUUGGACAAAAAGGUCGGGGCUCAGGCCCAGAAGCGCUAUUUAGAGACCAAGGUGGACCCGUCUCCGUUCGCCUCGAAUGCGCGGGCAAUCAAGGCUCAGGACCGCAUCAAUUCGUGGAUGGCGGUUAUCACGGAACAGUCCAAGGCGGAGGACGAGCUGACGGACGAUGCCAGCUCGACACGCUCUUUGCCGCUGAAACGCGGUCCUGCUCGGCCAUACCUGAACUUGCCUACGAGCGUCGUGACGGCAGUGGACGAUGCUCUGCGAAAGGAUGACAUCCAUGUUUUGCUCGAACUCCUCGAGGAACUAAAGACUGCUGCGGAUGAGGCAGGUGGAGGAGUCUUUCCCAAAGUGCUCAAGACCCUCAUCCAGCGAGCGAUCCUUCACCGUGCUCGGCUAUGUCUGUCCGCGCUUCUGCCUCGAGUCGACACUCUCGAGGAGGACGAUGACAUCAACCGACGCAACUGCUUGCACCGCCUGAUCAUUUCAAUUGGCCGUGUACAAUCGACCAGCGACUCGGAGUCCUCGGCGUCUCUAGUACUAGACUUCCCUCCAGAGACAACCCGCUACAUCACUCCGGCGGCCCCUCCGACUCUGCAACCUCCGCGGUCUGUAAUUAAGGAAGCGAAUCUGCCUCAACCGCUCGGCCGUGAUGAUCCGGCGGUAGCUCUCUUGCAGCACCUGCUUGAUGAACUGCGGCCCAAUCAGCGUGAGGCGUUGAUGGCCAAGGAUCUUUCUGGACGCACGCCACUGCACUAUGCUGCCCAGUAUGGGUUCAAGGACGUCUGCGAAGUCAUCAUUGAGCAUCUUAAAGCGUGGGGAAUGUUUGACGUCAGCGAGGGAAUUGACGGUGCUUUAUGGCAAGACAAUGACGGUUGGGCUCCACUGCAUCUCAGCGUGGUCGGAGGACACCCUAGGACAACUCGCUGCCUGCUGGACGCUGAAAAUUGGAAAGAAACGCACAGCUUUGGUGACCGGGUCCGAAAGCAGGUGUCCAAAUCCUCCGCGGUGCUUGCCCUUGCCACAAAGGCCAACUUUGUGGAUAUCGUCCAGCUACUGGUGGAGGCUGGUGUCGACAUCAACUACCAGGAUGAUCAGGGAGAGACUGCGUUGCACGUUGCAGCCCGCUUUGGUCAUGAUGAAUGUGCCCGGAUACUUUUGGAGGGCACUGAGGAUCAAAAGGCCAACACGGAACUGGCUGAGAACACCUAUGCGUGGACUCCGCUGUUCAUUGCCUGCGUCGACGGCACUCUGAGCGUGGCUAAACUGUUGGUGGAGGCUGGCGCUGAUGUGGAGCGCUUUGACUCGUCUGGCUGGACAGCAAAGGAACAUGCUGCCCUGCGUGGACAUCUAGCUAUCGCUCGGUGUCUUGCUGAGGUCAGUCCCGGACCCCCCGCACCUGAACCAGAGCCAAUUCCUGUUCCCACCGACAGGACUUCCCCAUCGGCUUCGUCGCCGCCGGGCCAGUCAUCCUUGACUGAUCGGCGGUCGAAUACUCCUGGGCCUACAUCGGGGAGUUAUGUCCGUAACUCAGAACCUAUCAAGACUUUUGGACAUCGGUAUCUUACCGAUGAGACCAUGAUCCUGGUCAGUUUGGGCACGAUGGACAUGCGAAAGCCUUUGGAAACAGUCAACUUGGAUCGUAUCCCUAUGGAGAAUGCGCACGCGACAGAGCUGGACACAGCUUUGUCUAUGGUGGUCAGUGCCAGCGGUGCACAUGGCGAGCCGGAAGUCAUUGACUUGCCCGUGCAAGAGAACAUCUCCACCGAGCCGAUCGUCUUCCAUUCCACCGACAUAAGUAAGGUCCGUCUUCUCUUUGACCUGGUGCCUACCUACUCGGGAUCCAAGGAUCGGAUUUUCGGUCGAGGUGUCGCCCUUUUGUCCAGCAUCAGGCAGGAAGUCGGCUCCCAUCGUAUCAACCUCAAGGGUGAUUCCACCAUCCCCAUCGUUGCUGCGAACACCUUGGAAGUGAUUGGCUCGGUGACUUUUAAUUUUCUCAUCAUUACCCCUUUCAAGCACCCAAACAUGUCGAUUACCGGUAACCAGACCUACUGGCGAUCCAUGAGCUCUACAAUGGUUAUUGGUCACCGUGGCCUGGGCAAAAAUAUGGCCAGCCGUAGGUCUCUACAGCUCGGUGAAAACACUGUCCAGUCAUUUAUUGCUGCGGCAAAUUUGGGUGCUUCCUACGUUGAAUUCGACGUCCAGCUUACUAAGGACCAUGUUCCGGUCAUUUACCAUGACUUCUUGGUCAGUGAGACUGGUAUUGACGCACCAGUACACACCCUUACUCUGGACCAGUUCCUGGAACUGGGCAAGGGCCGACACAGGAAUGUUUUGCCCCAGAGCGUAGACGUCCAUGGAGCGACUACCCUCGGUCCUCGCCAGCGGUCCAUGUCUGUCGGUGGCUCCGAGUACGACCCAACUGAAUUGACGGAAAGAAUCAAGCACACACGCGACUUUAAAAAGAAGGGAUUCAAGGGCAAUACCCGUGGCGAGCACAUUCAAGCCCCGUUCGCUACCCUGGAGGAAUUGUUUAAGAAGAUUCCCAAGCCCGUCGGCUUCAACAUUGAACUGAAGUACCCUAUGCUCCACGAGAGCGAGGAGGAGGAGAUGGAUACCUAUGCCGUUGAAUUGAACUCGUUCGUCGAUACCGUCCUCACCAAGGUCUAUGACUUGGGCCGUGGCCGUGACGUGCUCUUCUCCAGUUUCAACCCGGAUAUCUGCCUCCUUCUAUCCUUCAAGCAGCCCUCUAUUCCGGUACUUUUUCUGACCGACGCGGGAGCCUCCCCGGUUGGUGAUAUCCGCGCCAGCAGUUUGCAGGAAGCCAUCCGAUUUGCUUCGCGGUGGCACCUGCUCGGUAUCGUCACCCAGGCAGAGCCCCUGGUCCUCUGCCCGCGUCUUGUGCGAAUUGUCAAGGAAUCCGGUCUGGUUUGCGUAUCCUACGGUGCCCUCAACAAUGAAGGCGCUAACGUGGACUACCAAGUCGCAGAAGGCAUCGAUGCCGUCAUCGUCGACUCCGUCCUCGGUAUUACCAACGGUCUCAUCCAGCGUCAAAACAAGGGCGAGCGCACGCCCGGCCCCUCGCCUCUCCCGGCGCCCGUCGCUGACAAGGCUGCUAUUCGCGUGCCAGUUCUCGAGCAAAUGAAACCUAACAGUACCGCCCCGAACCCAGAUCCGGCUACCAACCUUUAGACUUGGUUCAUGAAUCUUUCCUUUUUUCCCCCUCUUCAGGUGGCUUUAGUGUUGGUUCCGGGCUAGGUUGGGGAGGCUUAUGCUUUGUUCAUUUACCCACUCAUGGCUCUGUCGACUGACUUGAUUUGUCGGUGCUACAUACAUCAAUUCAUUCCAUGUCCAUAAAUGUCCUGGCCCUCUCAGCCUGUUUCAACAGUAAAAACUUGCUCCUCUGCUAUGCAAGCAGGAUUUUUUUACCACACAUGUCCAAUAUCAAUCUAUAGGAAAAGUACACGCUGGUGUCUCAACCUUG